AUGGCGGAAAGUCCUAUCGAUUCGGACGAGCUGGUCGAAACCAUCGCUGAUAGCGUCCCAAGGGACUAUUCUAAGUUUCAAGCAUGGAUGGACGAGAAGCAAGGCGACUGCAAGGUAUUGAAACAGCGCCUGGAACACGCAUGGCUCAUCUCACCUGACCUUGGCGGCAAGUCACAGCUGCUUUCCGAAAUCGCCGGAUCGCAAGACCUGUUCCUCGCAUCAGGCUACGUGAGACCCCACGGCGAUCUGUUCCUAGAACAUACCGUCGUGGUCGAUCUCGACCGAGAACUCCUCGACUGUAACGGAGUUUGCUUCUUCUUCUUGGUCCAGCUGCCACAGACUUCCAUCCAUGCGUUGCUCGAGCCUGUCAAUCGGUACUGGCUGGGGCUCGACACAGAGCCAAAACACCCCUGCAUCACAACCGCCAGCGCAGCUUUGAAGAGCUCGCUCAUUUUUUCAUUAGUACGGGUGGAUAGCCAAUCGUUCAGGUAA